AUGCGUCUGAUCAAUGUGAACACACUCCUACUGGAGGAGUUCAUGGGCCGGUGCCCCCAGUACGCAACUCUAUCUCACACUUGGAAUGGCACGCAGGAGAUAAGUUUCAAGGAGUGGCAGAAACAACAUGUCGCCAAAUCCAAAGAACAGAGGUACGCCAAAAUACUCGAGGCUUGUCGGUUGACACGUGAAUUCGGCCUCGAGUACCUGUGGGUUGAUACGAACUGUAUCGACAAGGAAAGCUCUGCCGAGCUCUCAGAGGCAAUCAACUCAAUGUUCAACUGGUAUCAAGAAUCGGCUGUUUGCUUCGCUUAUCUCGAAGACCUUGACUUUGAGGAUACCAGUUUGCCGGAAAGCUCAGGCGACGGUAUCUCAAGUCAACAACGACGUUGGCGAUCUGAACUCGCUCGUAGUCGUUGGUUCACCCGCGGCUGGACAUUGCAAGAACUCUUGGCCCCGAGGCGAAUGUACUUCUUUGACAAGAGCUGGAGGAUCCUAGGAUCGCGGCAAGACUUUGCGCCUGAAAUUUCAAACAUCACCGGAAUAAGAAACGAGUACAUUUCCGGCGCCAAGUCAGUCUUGGACGCGAGCAUCUCGGAGGUAUUCUCCUGGCUGGCGGGCCGAGAGACGACACGUUCCGAAGACAUGGCGUACUGUGUGCUGGGACUCCUCGGUCUCAACAUGCCGUUACUAUACGGCGAGCGUUCGGCGGCGUUUAUACGCCUCCAGGAGGAGUUGAUCCGCAUCUCGGACGACCAGACAAUCUUCUGUUGGACGUGGGAUCAUACGAUCCCACAUGACUGGAGUAGUCUACUCGCACCAUCGCCUUCGGUCUUCAAGGGCGGCGACCGUUUCUUCUGCGGGUCAGAGACCGACGAGUCUCUUGUCGGAUGGAGCAUGGCCACGUCGUACUCGAUGACCAACGUAGGUCUGCGCAUCCGCCUGCCCACGCUCAAGAUGUCCGGUCUAGAUCUUGCUGUGCUGAACGUAUCCGAGAGGAGAAGCGAAGCAGGAGAAGAAGACCCAAGCACAGGCCGUGUUUGCAUCCCUCUUCUGACGAGCAAUUAUGUCGGAACUUCAGAUGGCGUCUCGUCACUGAUUGACGGUUCUGCGGUCGGCGCUCAACGAUGGCCGAUACCCGCACGACCCAUAGCUCUCUAUGAGUUGAGGAACAUAUACCCCUCCAGCCUACAAGAGUUCUGCAUUCAUCCACUGCAACGGAACGCUGAAUUGUUGAAGUACGCUAUUUCACUCUGGUAUAAAGGAAAGCCUGGGCACGGAGCAUCGCAGAUGAUUAUGCCAAUCAUCGAGACACGAAAAGCACCACGAUUUCACAUAGAAGUCGGCUCGACCGACCAGAGUUCCGUGACCUCACAGCAUGCAAAACAAUCUGAGCAUUUCUAUGUCAACUCGACCGGCCAGGCGCCCUUCAACACACCAUACAGAGGCCUUGUCCCGCUCUUUAUAAGACGGCGUGGAACACUCGGAGUUGAGCUACAGUUGAACAUCGGAGACGGCCGCGUCGAGAGAGUCGUUGUCGGGGUCCACGCUGCGGCUGAAGAAUAUUUUCCUCGGGAGAAGGGAAACGACGAUUGGUUUUGUUACUUCAAAGACGAAGAGUCGAAGCGGGCAAUCUCGGGAGAGUGGUCUUGUAACAUGGCAUGCUCACCGGAUAGGACCAUCUUUGUGCAUCUGGGUCGACGUACGAUACAGUUACCUCACGGCGUGGUGGCGAGGCCGGUGUAUAUUUCCUUCUUGCCGUCUCCUUCUCUGCUGGAAAAGAUGUUUGAUCGAUUGGGACUCUGGAAAAAUGCGGAUGUCAUACACAAUGCUGUGCAUCGCAAAAUGUUGAGCUGGCCAUGGGAUGUUGGUGACCUUUAG